GAAAAGUAAAAAAAAAAAAACAAAAUAGACCGUGAAAAUUUCGCAGCUUCUCGUGAUGGGGGCAGAAGAGGGGAGCAAUCCGCCGCCGCCGCCGCCGCAGGCGGCUCCCGCCGCGAGGCCGCAGCCGAUAACUCCGGCGGAGUUCCUCUCCUGGAAGCAGCGGAAGGAUGCAGAGGAAGCUGCAAGGAAAGCUGAAGCAGCACAGAAGCGAGAGGCAGAUAUAGCUUCAGGAGCAGUACAAAUGAAUGGGCGAGAGCUGUUCAAGCAUGAACCCUGGGUCUUUGACAAUAGUAUCUACUAAGACGAAUGAACUCCGAGAAAUUCACAACCAUAUGUGCUAUAUCUUCAAUUGUGAAGUUCAACAGAGUAGUCUGCAUGCAGAGGUAGUAGAUAUUGUUAGCUUAAGUGUAUUUCAUAUUGUUAAGCAUUGCACUUAAGCUAAGCAUACGAUUUGUUGUCUGUGUUACCGACUUGUGAAUUCAUAUGAUUCAUAUCUUUAUGACCUCUAUGAAGGCAUUCGGAUUCCGUAGAAA